GUGAUGCUAUAAUAUCGCUAAUAAGGAUUGUCGGCAAGUAAGUAGUUAGGUAGGUUAAGAAGACAGAAACUCAUUCCAGUAAGAAACGUUUAGCUGAAUAGAAAGCGUCUCGGCCUAGACUGGAAUCUAGCGCGGAGUGUCGCCCUAUAUUCCUGUAUGUCUCUCAAACCGACUUCCUAUUUAGGAAAGUAAACGACACACUGUGAUACAUCCGUCCGGAGCCGCCGAGGUUUCUCAUCAAGUGCGGAGCCGAGCCCCUACUCUCAUUCACGUUUCUACACCGACGAGCGACACGCGGCAGUCUAGCUCCACCACGUUAUGCGAACAGUCGCGGCCACGCACCUUCGGCCAGCCGGCUUUUCGCAACUCGCACGACAAACGGUUUCUCCGAAUAAAUUAUAAGCAACCGCCGAUCACGGGACGGAUUUUCGGCAAACAGUGAGCGUGAAAGGGAAAGUGCAACACACGAACCAACUAUCGUGCUAAAAGAACGCACGGUGACUUCAAGGCGGUGGUAUUUUCGUAUUCGGGCAUCUAGCCAGAUACUGCGACAAUCUAUUUGAUAUUUAAAGGUUUAAAUUUAAUAAAUGUGUUAAUAUAUUCUGUUAAAAGAAUUGUGUCGAGUUCGAGAACGCGAGACCCCCAAGGAUGUAAAUAGACGUGUUGAAGUCGUGUUGUGGACGGACAGUAAAUAGUUAGUGUAGCGGUUAGUUCAACAACUCUGUGUGUAAACAAGUAUCGUACGAGCGUGUGUUUGUUUGUUGCAACGUAACCGCUGAUACGUAACUGGUGGGGUAUUUUUUAUCAGUGAGUGUUGGUAUGUUUGGUGAGUGAAGGAUGAGCGGCGAGGACGGCGUCGCGGGGGGCCCCUCGCGGCGGCCCCCGGGCCGGGGACCGGGACCCCCCAAGAAGCCGCUGGCGCUGCGGCUCUGGGAGCUGCUGCAGCCCCUCGCCAGGAUGUGGGGACUCAUCACCGCUGUCGUGAUGAGCGGCGCGGGCGCGGAGCUGGUGGUGCUGCGGUACGAGAUGGCGCCCGGUCUGCUAGUGGGCGCGGCGCUAGUCCUUAUUCUGGAGACUAUGUGGGUGGCCGCGUUAUUCGUGGACCUGCUCUGCCGGCGGGGAGAGUACACUCUGCCGCUGCGCUGCUGGGACUUCACGCGGUGGUCGUGUGGCCGGGCUCGGGCUCCGCUGUACGCCUGCGCUGCUACCGCGCUGCUGUUUGCUGACCUAUCGCUGCUGGCUACUGUGUCUGGCGGCAUGCUGCUAGUACUAGCAGCUCUCCGUGCAGCCGUGCCGUUCUCGCCCUACGCGACGCACGGGCCGCACUCGCCGCGCGCCGGCAGCUCGCUGCUCAGCCAGCUCGACUCGCCGUUGCCUGAUGUGUUCUAUAAUGCUGCGCAGGCUGCUGAAGACAGAUCCGAAGAGAUGACGGUGAUAGAGGUGAAGUCUCCGGACCGGACGAGGCCGGUGACGCCGAAGCCCCCGCUACUGGAACUGUGAAUGCUUGUACUUAGAUAAACUUCGGAAACAACGAAAUGUCAAAGCAAAUCUAGUUGAACGCCUAGCACGGAGCGCAAGACGCGCACGCUAAGAUGUGAAAAAAGAUUUGUGUCGCGCUCGUUCACAUCGCACGGCUUCUACAGCGAGUGCGACGGAAAACUUUUGUCACGUCUUAACGUGAGCGUCUUGCGCCCCGUGCUAUGCGUUCUGAUUUAGCCAAAGAGUGCGGAACUAUUCUGUGUGGGUAUUAGUAGAGUCGUUACUGUGUAAGAUACUCUGAUGGCUAUAUGGGUGCAAUCAUUUUGAUACUGAACUUAGGACGUGUUUAAACUAUUGUCACAACAAUAAGUAGAAGUGUAUUACCGAAUACCGUAUGAUGCCUUCUGAAAUGUUACAAAAAAAUCAUCAAUAAGUAUCUAUAAGUAUACUCCAACAUAAAUAAGGUAAGCGUUAGCUACUAAGCUCGUGUAAACUCUACCUAAUAUAGUCCCCAGUGCUUACAGUGAAAACUUCAAUGGGAAGAUUCGCAUUCGCUCAAGUUUAGUGGAAAUGAAUUAGGACCUAGUGGGUAGGUACGAAAUCUAAACUGACUUAUUUAUAAAGUGUCGGAAGGAGGGCUAAAUCGGAUAUUUAUAUGCUACAUAGCAUGCGUAGAUUACAGAAAGUUUAACAGUAACCAAAGGCUAUAAUUAUUGUGGCAUGAACAAAAUAAUAUAUACCUGAGAGUAUUUUACGAUAGAAUUAUUCGUAUUGAAUUUAACCUACGUUAUUGUAUUGAUGAAAGUAUGUAAGUAUUAAAUAAUUAGGUUAAUUAGUUUUUAUGCUAAUUGGUAAGAAUUAAAUCGUAAAAGCAGGAACUUUAUACCUUCUGAAACUUGAGCUGAAAAAGCUAUUUAAAAAGGCCUAGCCGCUCAAAUUUAAACAACAUGGUUUAUAAGGGUAUAAUAAGUAGUGCGAUAUAGGUACUUAAAAUAAUAUAUUUUGGGGCAGUUUCUGAAAGCAUAUAUUAUUUCUUUGCACUGAAUUAGCUAAACAUAAUUAUUUAUUUUAUUGCGUAAUUACAAUGAUAUCUUUUCUGUUACUUGUAUCAAAAUCAUAACGCUAAAUGUUAUUUAUGAUUUAUCUUACUUAUUAUAUUAUUUAGCUGCAGGGAAUUUAAGUUUUGGUAGUUCUAAAAUCUACGUUUGGAUUUAUAUAUGUUAAACAUGCAGAUAUUGAUAAAUACUUUUAAAAUUGAAUUGAAAUCAAUAGUUUUACAAAUGCCAUUAUUUAUACUUAAAUCGGUUUUAGUACCAAUUUGUGAGCAUAAUGAGCCCUGAUAAUGUGGAAUAUAUUGUAUUUAAUUUUAUUAUUGCGGAUAAUGUAUUACGUGUAUUAUACCAACAUCUGUGAUAGAUUAGACUAAAAUCAAAUAUGUAGUGUGUGCAAACUAUACAUAAUGUAUUAUACUUACUUACGUAAUUUGUAAUUGGCAAUAAAGCUUUUCGUAACUAA